AUGUUCGAUGAAGGCUGGGGUGGCGUCAUCGCCAAAACCGUGUCACUAGAUGCAUCAAAAGUUAUCAACGUAACGCCUCGAUACGCUCGGCUACGUGCCGGAUCCAACGGAGCAGCCAAAAAGGAUGUAAUUGGGUGGCAGAACAUAGAGCUAAUUAGUGACAGACCUCUCGAAACCAUGCUCAAAGAGUUUAAGCAACUGAAAAAAGAGUACCCUGAUCGGAUCCUCAUCGCUUCCAUCAUGGAGGAAUACAACCAAACCGCUUGGGAAGAGCUCAUUGACCGUGUUGAGCAAACCGGCGUUGUCUGGAGCUGUCUCCACUAUAAAAGGGAGGUUGAAGACAUGAGAGAGAAGCAGAGCACACAAAUGGAAGAAGAAGAGAGAAAGCCAUUGUUAAAGAUUCCGAGCAAAGUCUUGGCCAGACGUAGCGACCCUCUCGUUAAUGGGCUCGUUAAUGGCGUGAACUGGAUGCCAUUGGAAAUCAACUUCUCGUGUCCUCAUGGUAUGCCAGAGCGAAGAAUGGGAGUCGCUGAUGGACAAGACUGUAAGCUUCUGGACGAGGUUUGCGGAUGGAUUAACGCUAAAGCUACAGUUCCGGUUUGGGCGAAGAUGACUCCUAACAUUACUGACAUAACAGAGUUCGGUGCUAUAGGAUUCGAACUCGCAUCCUUAGUAAAGCCAGCUAGGGUAUCUCUGAAAUCAGGAUGUGAAGGAGUCUCAGCCAUCAACACAAUCAUGAGUGUAAUGGGAAUCGAUCUGAAGACGCUGCAUCCUGAGCCAUGUGUUGAAGGUUACUCGACUCCAGGAGGCUACUCUUAUAAUGCUGUUAGGCCAAUUGCGUUUGCGAAAGUUAUGAACAUUGCCCAAAUGAUAAAAUCUGAGUUCAAUGAUAAAGAUUACUCGCUUUCGGGUAUUGGAGGUAUUGAAACUGGAUAUGAUGCUGCUGAAUUCAUUCUCCUCGGAUCUAAUACUGUUCAGGUAUGCACCGGUGUGAUGGUGCACGGCUAUGGUCAUGUGAAAACUCUAUGCGCCGAGCUUCAAGAUUUCAUGAAACAGCAUAACUUCUCGACGAUAGAAGACUUCAGAGGACAUUCGUUUCAGUACUUUACAACACACACGGUUCUUUCCACAACUGAAAGAGAAUCUGAAACAACUCCCUUUCGUAUUCAUUCAACCUGA